AUGCCAGACCUGCCGCCAUCGCCUCUGGCUGAGCCAGCGCCGGCCGCCGCAACACAUCCCCAGCUGCCGCGCGGGCUACCGUCGCCCGCCGCUGUCUCCGACGCGCCAGACCUGCCGCCAUCGCCACUGGCCGAGCCAGAGCCGCCUGCCGCCAACACAUUCCCAGCUGCCGCGCCGCCCACCGUCGCCCGCCGCUGUCUCCGACGCGCCAGACCUGCCGCCAUCGCCACUGGCCGAGGCAGAGCCGCCCGCCGCCAACACAUUCCCAGAUGCCGCGCCGCCCACCGUCGCUCGCCACUGUCUCCGACGCGCCAGACCUGCCGCCAUCGCCACUGGCCGAGCCAGAGCCGCCCGCCGCCAACACAUUCCAAGCUGCCGCGCCGCCCACCGUCGCUCGCCGCUGUCUCCGACGCGCCAGACCUGCCGCCAUCGCCACUGGCCGAGCCAGAGCCGCCAGCGCUAACACAUUCCCAGCUGCCGCGCCGCCCACCGUCGCUCGCCGCUGUCUCCGACACGCCAGGCCCGCCGCCAUCGCCUCUGGCCGAGCCAGCGCCGCCCACCGUCGCCCGCCGCUCUCUCCUUCGCAGCAGGCCUGCCGCCAUCGCCACUGGCCGAGCCAAAGCAGCCCGCCGACAACACAGUCCCAGCUGCCGCGCCGCAAACCGUCGCUCGCCGCUGUCUCCGACACGCCAGACCAGCCGCCAUCGCCUCUGGCCGAGCCACCGCCGCCCACCGUCGCCCGCAGCUGUCUCCUUCGCAGCAGGCCUGCCGCCAUCGCCACUGGCCGAGCCAGAGCCGCCCCCCGCCAACACAUUCCCAGCUGCCGCGCCGCCCACCGUCGCUCGCCGCUGUCUCCGACGCGCCAGACCUGCCGCCAUCGCCACUGGCCGAGCCAGCGCCGCCUGCUGCCAACACAUCCCCAGCUGCCCCGCCGCCCACUGUCGCCCGCCGCUGUCUCCGACGCGCCAGGCCUGCCGCCAUCGCCUCUGGCCGAGCCAGCGCCGCCCACCGUCGCCCGCCGCUGUCUCCUUCGCAGCAGGCCUGCCGCCAUCGCCACUGGCCGAGCCAGAGCAGCCCGCCGCCAACACAGUCCCAGCUGCCGCGCCGCCCACCGUCGCCCGCCACUGUCUCCUUCGCAGCAGGCCUGCCGCCAUCGCCACUGGCCGAGCCAGAGCCGCCGGCGCCAACACAUUCCCAGCUGCCACGCCGCCCACCGUCGCUCGCCGCUGUCUCCGACAUGCCAGACCCGCCGCCAUCGCCUCUGGCCGAGCCAGCGCCGCCCACCGCCGCAAGCCGCUGUCUCCUUCGCAGCAGGCCUGCCGCCAUCGCCACUGGCCGAGCCAGAGCAGCCCGCCGCCAACACAGUCCCAGCUGCCGCGCCGCAAACCGUCGCUCGCCGCUGUCUCCGACACGCCAGACCCGCCGCCAUCGCCUCUGGCCGAGCCAGCGCAGCCCACCGUCGCCCGCCGCUGUCUCCUUCGCAGCAGGCCUGCCGCCAUCGCCACUGGCCGAGCCAGAGCAGCCCGCCGCCAACACAUUCAAAGCUGCCACGCCGCCCACCGUCGCCCGCCGCUGUCUCCUUCGCAGCAGACCUGCCGCCAUCGCCACUGGCCGAGCCAGAGCCGCCCACCGCCAAAACAGUCCCAGCUGCCCCGCCGCAAACCGUCGCUCGCCGCUGUCUCCGACAUGCCAGACCUGCCGCCAUCGCCUCUGGCCGAGCCAGCGCCGCCCACCGUCGCUCGCCGCUGUCUCCGACGCGCCAGACCUGCCGCCAUCGCCACUGGCCGAGCCAGAGCCGCCCGCUGCCAAGACAUCCCCAGCUGCCGCGCCGCCCACUGUCGCCCGCCGCUGUCUCCGACGCGCCAGGCCUGCCGCAUUCGCCUCUGGCCGAGCCAGCGCCGCCCACCGUCGCCCGCCGCUGUCUCCUUCGCAGCAGCCUGCCGCCAUCGCCGCUGGCCGAGCCAGAGCCGCCUGCCGCCAACACAUUCAAAGCUGCCGCGCCGCCCACCGUCGCUCGCCGCUGUCUCCGACGCGCCAGACCUGAUGCCAUCGCCACUGGCCGAGCCAGCGCCGCCCGCUGCCAACACAUCCCCAGCUGCCGCGCCGCCCACUGUCGCCCGCCGCUGUCUCCGACGCGCCAGGCCUGCCGCCAUCGCCACUGGCCGAACCAGCGCCGCCCGCCGCAACACAUCCCCAGCUGCCGCGCGGCCUACCGUCGCCCACCGCUGUCUUCGACGCGCCAGACCUGCCGCCAUCGCCACUGGCCGAGCCAGAGCCGCCCGCCGCCAACACAUUCCCAGCUGCCGCGCCGCCCACCGUCGCCUGCCGCUGUCUCCGACGCGCCAGACCUGCCGCCAUCGCCACUGGCCGAGCCAGAGCCGCCCGCCGCCAACACAUUCCCAGCUGCCGCGCAGCCCACCGUCGCUCGCCGCUGUCUCCGACGCGCCAGACCUGCCGCCAUCGCCACUGGCCGAGCCAGAGCCGCCGGCGCCAACACAUUCCCAGCUGCCGCGCCGCCCACCGUCGCUCGCCGCUGUCUCCGACACGCCAGACCCGCCGCCAUCGCCUCUGGCCGAGCCAGCGCCGCCCACCGUCGCCCGCCGCUGUCUCCUUCGCAGCAGGCCUGCCGCCAUCGCCACUGGCCGAGCCAGAGCAGCCCGCCGCCAACACAGUCCCAGCUGCCGCGCCGCCCACCGUCGCCCGCCACUCUCGCCGCUGUCUCCGACGCGCCAGACCUGCCGCCAUCGCCACUGGCCGGGCCAGCGCCGCCCGCUGCGAACACAUCCCCAGCUGCCGCGCCACCCACUGUCGCCCGCCGCUGUCUCCGACGCGCCAGGCCUGCCGCCAUCGCCUCUGGCCGAGCCAGCGCCGCCCACCGUCGCCCGCCGCUGUCUCCUUCGCAGCAGGCCUGCCGCCAUCGCCACUGGCCGAGCCAGAGCAGCCCGCCGCCAACACAUUCAAAGCUGCCACGCCGCCCACCGUCGCCCGCCGCUGUCUCCUUCGCAGCAGACCUGCCGCCAUCGCCACUGGCCGAGCCAGAGCCGCCCACCGCCAAAACAGUCCCAGCUGCCCCGCCGCAAACCGUCGCUCGCCGCUGUCUCCGACAUGCCAGACCUGCCGCCAUCGCCUCUGGCCGAGCCAGCGCCGCCCACCGUCGCUCGCCGCUGUCUCCGACGCGCCAGACCUGCCGCCAUCGCCACUGGCCGAGCCAGAGCCGCCCGCUGCCAAGACAUCCCCAGCUGCCGCGCCGCCCACUGUCGCCCGCCGUUGUCUCCGACGCGCCAGGCCUGCCGCAUUCGCCUCUGGCCGAGCCAGCGCCGCCCACCGUCGCCCGCCGCUGUCUCCUUCGCAGCAGGCCUGCCGCCAUCGCCGCUGGCCGAGCCAGAGCCGCCUGCCGCCAACACAUUCAAAGCUGCCGCGCCGCCCACCGUCGCUCGCCGCUGUCUCCGACGCGCCAGACCUGAUGCCAUCGCCACUGGCCGAGCCAGCGCCGCCCGCUGCCAACACAUCCCCAGCUGCCGCGCCGCCCACUGUCGCCCGCCGCUGUCUCCGACGCGCCAGGCCUGCCGCCAUCGCCACUGGCCGAACCAGCGCCGCCCGCCGCAACACAUCCCCAGCUGCCGCGCGGCCUACCGUCGCCCACCGCUGUCUUCGACGCGCCAGACCUGCCGCCAUCGCCACUGGCCGAGCCAGAGCCGCCCGCCGCCAACACAUUCCCAGCUGCCGCGCCGCCCACCGUCGCCUGCCGCUGUCUCCGACGCGCCAGACCUGCCGCCAUGGCCACUGGCCGAGCCAGAGCCGCCCGCCGCCAACACAUUCCCAGCUGCCGCGCAGCCCACCGUCGCUCGCCGCUGUCUCCGACGCGCCAGACCUGCCGCCAUCGCCACUGGCCGAGCCAGAGCCGCCGGCGCCAACACAUUCCCAGCUGCCGCGCCGCCCACCGUCGCUCGCCGCUGUCUCCGACACGCCAGACCCGCCGCCAUCGCCUCUGGCCGAGCCAGCGCCGCCCACCGUCGCCCGCCGCUGUCUCCUUCGCAGCAGGCCUGCCGCCAUCGCCACUGGCCGAGCCAGAGCAGCCCGCCGCCAACACAGUCCCAGCUGCCGCGCCGCCCACCGUCGCCCGCCACUGUCUCCUUCGCAGCAGGCCUGCCGCCAUCGCCACUGGCAGAGCCAGAGCCGCCUGCCGCCAACACAUUCCCAGCUGUCGCGCCUCCCACCGUAGCUCGCCGCUGUCUCCGACGCGCCAGACCUGCCGCCAUCGCCACUGGCCGGGCCAGCGCCGCCCGCUGCGAACACAUCCCCAGCUGCCGCGCCACCCACUGUCGCCCGCCGCUGUCUCCGACGCGCCAGGCCUGCCGCCAUCGCCUCUGGCCGAGCCAGCGCCGCCCACCGUCGCCCGCCGCUGUCUCCUUCGCAGCAGGCCUGCCGCCAUCGCCACUGGCCGAGCCAGAGCCGCCCCCUGCCAACACAGUCCCAGCUGCCCCGCCGCAAACCGUCGCUCGCCGCUGUCUCCGACACGCCAGACCUGCCGCCAUCGCCUCUGGCCCAGCCAGCGCCGUCCACCGUCGCCCGCCGCUAUCUCCUUCGCAGCAGGCCUGCCGCCAUCGCCACUGGCCGAGCCAGAGCCGCCCGUUGCCAACACAUUCCCAGCUGCCGCGCCGCCCACCGUCGCUCGCCGCUGUGUCAGACGCGCCAGACCUGCCGCCAUCGCCACUGGCCGAACCAGCGCCGCCCGCCGCAACACAUCCCCAGCUGCCGCCCGGCCUACCGUCGCCCGCCGCUGUCUCAGACGCGCCAGACCUGCCGCCAUCGCCACUGGCCGAGCCAGUGCCGCCCGCUGCCAACACAUUCCCAGCUGCCGCGCCGCCCACCGUCGCCCGCCGCUGUCUCCGACGCGCCAGACCUGCCGCCAUCGCCACUGGCCGAGCCAGAGCCGCCCGCCGCCAACACAUUCCCAGCUGCCACGCCGCCCACCUUCGCUCGCCGCUCUGCCGCACGGCGUACCGACGUCCGCCGCUGUCUCCGACGCGCCAGACCUGCCGCCAUCGCCACUGGAAGGACCAGCGCCGCCCGCCGCAACACAUCCCCAACUGCCGCGCGGCCUACCGUCGCCCGCCGCUGUCUCCUUCGCAGCAGGCCUGCCGCCAUCGCCACUGGCCGAGCCAGAGCAGCCCACCGCCAACACAGUCCCAGCUGCCGCGCUGCAAACCGUCGCUCGCCGCUGUCUCCGACACGCCAGACCUGCCGCCAUCGCCACUGGCCGAGCCAGCGCCGCCCGCUGCCAACACAUCCCCAGCUGCCGCGCCGCCCACUGUCGCCCGCCGCUGUCUCCGACGCGCCAGGCCUGCCGCCAUCGCCUCUGGCCGAGCCAGCGCCGCCCACCGUCGCCCGCCGCUGUCUCCUUCGCAGCAGGCCUGCCGCCAUCGCCACUGGCCGAGCCAGAGCAGCCCGCCGCCAACACAGUCCCAGCUGCCGCGCCGCCCACCGUCGCCCGCCACUGUCUCCUUCGCAGCAGGCCUGCCACCAUCGCCACUGGCCGAGCCAGAGCCGCCGGCGCCAACACAUUCCCAGCUGCCACGCCGCCCACCGUCGCUCGCCGCUGUCUCCGACAUGCCAGACCCGCCGCCAUCGCCUCUGGCCGAGCCAGCGCCGCCCACCGCCGCCCGCCGCUGUCUCCUUCGCAGCAGGCCUGCCGCCAUCGCCACUGGCCGAGCCAGAGCAGCCCGCCGCCAACACAGUCCCAGCUGCCGCGCCGCAAACCGUCGCUCGCCGAUGUCUCCGACACGCCAGACCCGCCGCCAUCGCCUCUGGCCGAGCCAGCGCCGCCCACCGUCGCCCGCCGCUGUCUCCUUCGCAGCAGGCCUGCCGCCAUCGCCACUGGCCGAGCCAGAGCCGAUCGCCGCCAACACAUUCAAAGCUGCCGCGCCGCCCACCGUCGCUCGCCGCUGUCUCCGUCGCGCCAGACCUGAUACCAUCGCCACUGGCCGAGCCAGCGCCGCCCGCUGCCAACACAUCCCCAGCUGCCGCGCCGCCCACUGUCGCCCGCCGCUGUCUCCGACGCGCCAGGCCUGCCGCCAUCGCCUCUGGCCGAGCCUGUGCUGCCCACCGUCGCCCGCCGCUGUCUCCUUCGCAGCAGGCCUGCCGCCAUCGCCACUGGCCGAGCCAGAGCAGCCCGCCGCCAACACAGUCCCAGCUGCCACGCCGCCCACCGUCGCCCGCCGCUGUCUCCUUCGCAGCAGACCUGCCGCCAUCGCAACUGGCCGAGCCAGAGCCGCCCACCGCCAAAACAGUCCCAGCUGCCCCGCCGCAAACCGUCGCUCGCCGCUGUCUCCGACAUGCCAGACCUGCCGCCAUCGCCUCUGUCCGAGCCCGCGCCGCCCAACGUCCCCCGCCGCUGUUUCCUUCGCAGCAAUCCUGCCGCCAUCGCCACUGGCCGAGCCAGAGCCGCCUGCCGCCAACACAUUCCCAGCUGCCACGCCGCCCACCGUCGCUCGCCGCUGUCUCCGACGCGCCAGACCUGCCGUCAUCGCCACUGGCCGAACCAGCGCCGCCCGCCACAACACAUCCCCAGCUGCCGCGCGGCCUACCGUCGCCCGCCGCUGUCUCCGACGCGCCAGACCUGCCGCCAUCGCCACUGGCCGAGCCAUAGCCGCCCGCCGCCAACACAUUCCCAGCUGCCGCGCCGCCCACCGUCGCUCGCCGCUGUCUCCGACGCGCCACACCUGCCGCCAUCGCCACUGGCCGAGACAGAGCCGCCGGCGCCAACACAUUCCCAGCUGCCGCGCCGCCCACCGUCGCUCGCCGCUGUCUCCGACACGCCAGGCCCGCCGCCAUCGCCUCUGGCCGAGCCAGCGCCGCCCACCGUCGCCCACCGCUGUCUCCUUCGCAGCAGGCCUGCCGCCAUCGCCACUGGCCGAGCCAGAGCAGCCCGCCGCCAACACAGUCCCAGCUGCCGCGCCGCAAACCGUCUCUCACCGCUGUCUCCGACACGCCAGACCAGCCGCCAUCGCCUCUGGCCGAGCCAGCGCCGCCCACCGUCGCCCGCCGCUGUCUCCUUCGCAGCAGGCCUGCCGCCAUCGCCACUGGCCGAGCCAGAGCCGCCCGCCGCCAACACAUUCCCAGCUGCCGCGCCGCCCACCGUCGCUCGCCGCUGUCUCCGACGCGCCAGACCUGCCGCCAUCGCCACUGGCCGAGCCAGAGCCGCCCGCUGCCAAGACAUCCCCAGCUGCCGCGCCGCCCACUGUCGCCCGCCGCUGUCUCCGACGCGCCAGGCCUGCCGCCAUCGCCUCUGGCCGAGCCAGCGCCGCCCACCGUCGCCCGCCGCUGUCUCCUUCGCAGCAGGCCUGCCGCCAUCGCCACUAG